AUGGCCGCGGAGAAGCCUUUAAUCGUCAUCCUCGGCCUGGGCGAGAUGGGCCUCAUUCACGCGCGCAACUUGUCGAAAGAGCGCCGUGUUCUGCUCGGCCUGGCUUCGAAGCGGAAGGAAGUGCUCGACAAGACGGCGGCGGAGCUCGCGGCCGACCGCACCUAUUCUUCGUUCGACGCCGUGUUCCAGGACUCGCAAGUCAAGGGCGUCGUGAUCGCUACGCCGCCCCCUUCCCAUCCGCACGUCAUCAAGCAAGCCGCGGAGGCCGGCAAGCAUAUCUUCUCAGAGAAGCCGCUCGGGUACGACUCGGCUUCAAUCAGGGAUGCUCUCGACGCGGUGGAAAAGUCCAGCGUGCGCUUCACCGUCGGGUUUAAUCGGCGGUGGGACCCGGACUACAUCGCAGCGCGCAGAGCUGUGGAGGCGGCAACUCUCGGUGACCCCGUCGUUCUCAAGUGCACAUCGGGCGAUCCGGAGUACCCGGAAAAGUAUCACCGCGGGGCAGCGAAACAUGCCAUGCUCAAAGAUCUGGCCGUUCACGACAUCGAUCUCGCGCGAUGGCUCACUCGCAGUGAGGUGAAGCGAGUGUAUGCCAUCUGCGACGCGAUUUCAUACCCCAGCUUGAAAGAGAACCAAGAUGCCGACGUCACGGUGGCCAUCCUUGAGAUGGCAUGCGGAGCGAAAGUGAUAUUGCACCUCAGUCGCGCGUUCCACUUUGGAUACGAUGUGACUACCGAGCUGUUUUGCAAGAAAGGCGCCAUGCAAAUUGGGCAGCUACAUGACAACGCUGUGGUGACCGUCAAAGACAGGACGAGCGCACUCAAGGUGGUAUGGGACUUUGGGGAACGCUUUCGAGUAUCAUUCACGCGCGAAAUGGAAGGGUUUGCGGCGCUGGUGCUCGCCGAAACGGCGGAAGAUGCGGCCGCCCUUGUAGCCGGUGAUUCCAGCUACGCCUCAGGCGAAGACGGGCUGGCUGCAACGGUGGUCGCAGAAGCGCUCGUGAAAUCCUACCUGAGCGGUAUGCCGGAAGUUGUGGCCGAGAGAGGAACAGAGUAAAGCAAUAGAUUUGUAGAGAAAAAAAUGAGGCAGCUUGCCAGUAGGAACAGGUGAUUGAAAAAUGUAUGUACAAUGUUUGGUACAGUACGAA